AUGGAUUCUUCUUCCAUUACAUCCAAUACCUCCAAACCCUCCCCCUACUUCGAUUCUCUCCUCCGUCGUCGCCAACAAAAGAAAAUGAGCAUCACGCAAACAUACUACCUCGCCCACACCGCCCGGAAGAAGCUCACUCGUGAAGCUUCCCGGGCAGACCACGACCUGCGCCUGCUCGUUGGCCACGCUAAUCUCCUUGACUCGCUGAUGUACGACCUCGCCGAUGCUGAGCGUGAACAAGAACGCUGGUUCAACCAGACCGUCAGCGGAGCCACCAAGACUUCUACUCCUUCCACCCGCCAACACAUUCAAUGGGCUUCCACUGUGGUCGAAGAGCCUGAGGAAGACUGGGACCCGGAGGAUGCGUCCGAUGUGGACUCCGAACUCAGCGACAGCGACGACUCCGACUACGACGAGACCGAAUUCGUCAUCAACACUCCUGUCCGCCGCCGCCGCUCCCCAUCACCUGUGGCUCACUUCCACGAAGACCUACUGGAGGAGGACGACGAAGGCGACGACACAGAUUCGGACUUUGAAUACGACGAGGAUGAGGAGCUGAGCUUGACUCGCUCACCAUCACGACAGUCACCGCCUGAACUCCUGGCUGACUCGGAUGGGGAGUCGGAGGACGAAGCAACACCGCCGUCCCCGCCUCAGCCUACACUGGAGUCAUUCGACGAAAAGGAGCCUACUACUACAGCUAUUGCCUUGGCAGGCUCUGAUCAACCUCAUCUCUUUGAGCAUGGGUAUUUUGGUACACAAGAGCAGACGAUCAUCGAGGCUUAUUGA